CUUUCCCGUUCUUCUUGAAUUCUUUCCCUGGUGCGAACUCCUCUGCCGUCUCGCUCUGUUCGUUGUCUCUGUCCACUUCUGGGUGGAGAAACUCAAUUUCAUGGCACUGGUACCUCAGUAUUCGUCUUCAGCUGUCAACUCCUUUCGUCUUUCUUGAUUGUGUUCAUGGAUGGUUUGCACGAGAUGAGAUUUCUCUACAUCAGCCGAAGUCUGCGGGUUUCACUGUACUCAACCGUAGAUGAUUGUUAGGAUCGUCUCACAGUUUCGGUCAUGUUGCCUAGAAGUGGAACUCUGCCUAGUCCCUGACCUUUGGUUGAUCACGAGAGACACUGCUCUUUGCCAGCAAGAUUCUUCCAUCAACUAGGUUUAGUUCUGAAAGAUCCUUCUUCUCUUUUAUCUAUUCAUGUGGGCGUGGGGUUCUUUUUUUUUUUUUUUUUUUUGGUAAAGGUAAGAAUAUAUUAAAGGAGAGUUAGCUAUACAAAAAAACGGCGCCAAAAACUUUCACUCAUAGUGCAAAAGCAGAAUGAGUGGAAAGGGAGCCAAGAAAACAGAACCAGAACAAACACAAGAACAGCAGCCAAAACAACCGGCGAACACAGCACAGCAAACGCCAAAAGAUCAAAGAAGAUCAACUUAGUAACGGCAACCAUAGCACCAUUCAUAAGUCCAGAGUGACCCGCCAUCAAUCCAUAUGCUCAGCAGGGCCACCGACGAAGACAGAGGGGUCAAAUCCCCAUCCUCGUUGGAGCCUUCUAUUCCUAGGGUUGUCCGGUACUCUACUGAAGGAUUUCGAUGGGACCGGCAAUGGUUAGUUGUGAACAGUAAAGGCAGGGCAUACACUCAAAGAGUUGAACCCAAGCUUGCUCUGGUGACUGUCAAGCUUCCUGAUGAGGCCUUUUCCGAGGGUUGGCUACCGACUGCCAAUUCUUUUAUGGUACUGAAGGCUCCUGGCAUGAAUGAGCUGAAGAUUUCUUUGAGCAACCCCCGUGACGUUACUGAUGGCAUCUCGGUGUGGGAAUGGUCCGGCUCUGCAUGGGAUGAAGGACAGGAAGCAGCGAACUGGUUUUCGAACUAUCUUGGAAAACCUGGUCGACUAGUUCGUUUCAAUGCAGCAUCAGAAACUCGGCCUGUGGAUCCUCAAUAUGCUAAUGGACAUAAAGUCAUGUUCUCUGACGGAUAUCCAUUCUUGCUGUUAUCUCAGGGAUCAAUGGACGCGCUCAAUAAUCUGCUCAAGGAGCCAGUGCCAGUUAAUCGUUUUAGAACAAACAUUUUGGUUGAUGGCUGUGAACCAUUCUCCGAGGACCUAUGGACAGAGAUCGAGAUUAACAAGUUUGCUUUCCAGGGUGUCAAGCUGUGCUCCCGCUGUAAGGUACCAACCAUUGAUCAAGAGACUGCUGUAGCUAAGCCAGAUAUUAAUGAAACUCUAAAAACAUUCCGCUCUGAUAAAGUAUUGCGCCCAACUGGAAAGGUGCAAGGAAAGGUUUUCAUGGGGCAGAACAUGGUUCUAAAGAACUUCCUGAAGGAUGGGAAGGGCAAGGUCAUCAAGGUCGGAGAUCCUGUCAAUGUCGUUAAGAUGGUAUCGUCUGCUGCUGAAGCGCCUGCUUAAAGUUCCAAGCUUUGUAAUGGUGCCGCGUGUACUAUUGCAUAGUGCAUUGCAUAGUGCAUUGCAUAUGAAUACAGACUUGGAUAUUUAGAAUGACGGAUGGAAUCUAAUUGCUGGACAUGAAUGAACUGUUCCGCCUGUAUACUAAAUAAAUGGUCCUGUCAUGGUUCAUACCUGUGACCAUUAUAUGACGAAUUUCCAUCAGUUUUAUAUCUUUUCA